AUGGAGCGCGAGCCCUACCAGCACCAGUUCGAGGGCGGCCCGCGCGCGCGACCGAAGCGCGCCGUGACCGACUAUGGCGCGACGACCGUGCAGUGGAUGCGCAACCGCCGCCCGCGGUACAAGCACACGGCCACGGCGGAGAUGGAGCGGCCGAGCGCAAGCUACAUUGUCGACAUGCAGCCGCCCGCCGCCCGCCUCGCCAGUGCGGCCGAGUCGAUACCGGCCAAAGCGGUGCAUUCGUCCCUUAACAAGGUCAAGCACCCCAUCAACGUCGUCAAGUGGACGCCCGAGGGCCGCCGCCUGCUCACGGGCUCCACCAGCGGCGAGUUCACGCUGUGGAACGGCAUGGGCUUCAACUUCGAGACCAUCAUGCAGGCCCACGAGGCGGCCAUCCGCUGCGUCGAGUACACCCACACCGACGACUGGCUGCUGUCGGCCGACCAGACGGGCGUCGUCAAGUACUGGCAGACCAACUUCAACAACGUCAAGGAGAUGCAGGCCCACACCGAAGCCGUGCGUGGCCUGGCCAUUGCACCGACCGACUCCAAGUUCGUCACGUGCGCCGACGACACCACGCUGAAGAUCUGGGACUUUGCCUCGAGCCAGGAGGAGCAGACCCUCACCGGCCACGGCUGGGAGGUCAAGUCGGUCGACUGGCACCCCCACAAGGGUCUGCUGGUCUCGGGCUCCAAGGACCACCAGGUCAAGUUCUGGGACCCGCGCACAGGCCGCUGCCUCACCACGCUGCAUGGACACAAGAACCCAAUAGCAAAGACCAUCUUCGAGCCCACCCAGGGCAACCUGCUCGCCACCUGUGCGCGUGACCACACCGCCCGCAUCUUCGACCUGCGCAUGAUGCGCGACGUCCUGCUCCUGCGCGGCCACGAAAAGGACAUCAUCACCAUGGCCUGGCACCCCAUGCACAAGAACCUCCUCUCCACCGGCGGCGUCGACGGCAGCAUCCACCACUACCUCCUUGAUGAGCAGAAUGCUCCCGCUGCCACGGCGCCCACCCUCUCCCCCUACGACUCCGCCGACCCGCAGAACGCACCUGCGCAGGCCAUCUACCCCGCCCACAGCAUCCCAUACGCACACGACUUCACCGUCUGGACCCUCGACUGGCACCCGCUCGGGCACAUCCUCGCCUCAGGCUCAAACGACCGCGUCACACGCUUCUGGACCCGCCCGCGCCCCGGCGACACAAAGUACCCCGAGGACAGAUACCACAUCGGCCAGGCCGCCGCCGAAGCAAACGGCACCUUUGACCGCGGCCACGGGCGCCGCCAGCGCGCAGAAGAGGAAGAGCAGGAAGCCGAAGACGAAGCCGAGGGCCUCGUCGACCAGAAGCUCCCUUCGAAAACUGCAGGCGUUGGCUCCCUCCCAUUCCUGCCCCCAGGUCUCAACCUGCCCGGCCUCGCGCCCACAAAUCCAGACGGCAGCUCCAGCGCCCUCCCGGGCAUCGGCGGUGUUUCGCAUCCUGGCAUGCCACCCCUUCCCCCUCCCCCAACAGGCAUGAACCCCUUCGCCGGUGGCCCACCGCCACCCUUCCCCGGCGGCAUGCCCGCAGGCAUGGACCCAAGCCGUCUGGCAGCCCUCCUCCAGUCCGGCGCCGUACCACCACCUCCCCCGCUAGCACACCAUGGCGGACCUCCCCAACACCAACCGCCCUUUCCCCCACAGCAGGGCGCACCACCACAAUUUCCACCCGGCCCCCCACCAAACUUCCAGUUCCCACCCGGUAUGCCGCCCGGCUUCCCCCCACCCGGCUUCCCACAAGGGCUGCCCCCCGGCUUCCCCCCACCACCACAAGGCUUCGCGCCGCCGGGCAUCCAGAUGGCAGCGCAAAACGGCGGACCUGUUCGCGGGCAGAAUGGCGGGCAAAAUGAUGGUCAAAACGGCUGGGAGAGGAAGAGAGCGCCGCUGCCGGAUCAGAACGACGCGCUGCAGGCCGAGAUGCGCCAGGGGCGGUAUCGCAAGGCUAGGUAG